ACAGGAAACCCAUUUCAGUAUAUAGCAGAAACAUCACAAUAGAAUUAUGUCCAAGCCACUAACCGACCAAGAAAAGCGAAAGCAGAUCAGCGUUCGGGGUAUUGCAGGACUGGGGGAUGUUUCUGAAAUAAAAAAAAGCUUCAACAGGCAUCUUCACUUCACGCUUGUGAAAGAUCGCAAUGUCGCUACUCCUCGGGAUUACUACUUCGCCCUCGCGCAUACAGUGAGAGACCACCUUGUCGGGCGAUGGAUUCGCACACAGCAAUAUUACUACGAAAAGGACCCCAAGCGUAUCCACUACCUCUCUCUGGAGUUUUACAUGGGCAGAACACUCCAGAAUACCAUGAUAAACCUGGGUCUCCAGAAUGCAUGCGAUGAAGCCAUCUAUCAGCUGGGACUGGACCUUGAGGAAUUGGAGGAGAUUGAGGAAGAUGCUGGUCUGGGCAAUGGGGGACUAGGGCGCCUUGCAGCCUGUUUCCUGGACUCAAUGGCUACCCUAGGCCUUGCUGCCUAUGGCUAUGGCAUCCGCUAUGAGUUUGGCAUCUUUAAUCAGAGGAUAACCAGUGGUUGGCAGGUGGAGGAAGCAGAUGAUUGGCUGCGUUACGGUAACCCCUGGGAGAAGGCCCGUCCUGAGUACAUGCUUCCUGUGCAUUUCUAUGGCAGAGUGGAGCACACUGAGAAGGGGCCGAAGUGGGUGGACACACAGGUCGUUUUGGCCAUGCCGUACGACACUCCAGUGCCUGGUUACAAGAAUAACACAGUCAACACCAUGAGGCUGUGGUCUGCAAAAGCACCCAAUGACUUCAACCUCCAGGAGUUCAAUGUGGGAGACUACAUUCAGGCAGUGUUGGACAGGAACCUCGCUGAGAACAUAUCCCGUGUCCUCUACCCAAAUGACAAUUUUUUUGAAGGUAAGGAAUUGCGUCUGAAGCAGGAGUACUUUGUAGUUGCAGCCACUCUGCAGGAUAUAAUCAGACGUUUCAAGUCCUCUAAGUUCGGCUGCAGAGAUCCUGUCCGGACGUCUUUUGACACUUUCCCAGAUAAGGUGGCCAUCCAGCUGAAUGACACCCACCCUGCUUUGGCCAUUCCUGAACUGAUGAGGGUUCUGGUUGACAUAGAGAAACUGGAUUGGGAAAAGGCCUGGGACAUUACCACUCAGACUUGUGCUUACACCAACCACACUGUCUUGCCAGAGGCUCUGGAGCGCUGGCCUGUCUACAUGUUUGAGAAACUCUUGCCUCGUCACCUGGAGAUCAUCUACGAAAUCAACCGCCGUCACCUGGAUAGAAUUGCUGCCAUGUAUCCAGGUGAUGUUGACCGACUACGGAGAAUGUCACUGGUCGAGGAAGGCGACCCCAAGAGAAUCAACAUGGCCCAUCUGUGCGUGGUUGGCUCCCACGCUGUGAACGGGGUCGCCCGUAUCCACUCAGAGAUUGUCAAAAACACCGUCUUCAAGGAUUUCUAUGAGAUUGAGCCUGAAAAGUUCCAGAACAAAACGAAUGGAAUCACACCUCGUCGUUGGUUGCUCCUGUGCAACCCAGGCCUGGCUGACAUCAUUGCUGAGAAAAUAGGGGAAGGUUUUUUGACUGACUUGUACCAGCUGAAGAAAUUGUUGGACUUCAUUAAUGACGAGGCUUUCAUCCGUGAUGUGGCAAAGGUUAAACAGGAAAACAAGCAGAAGUUUGCAGCAUACCUGGAGAAGGAGUACAAGGUGAAGAUCAAUCCAGAGUCCAUCUUUGAUAUCCAGGUGAAGAGGAUCCAUGAGUACAAGAGACAGCUGCUCAAUUGCCUACACAUCAUCACCUAUUACAACAGAAUUAAAAAGGAACCAAACAAGAACUUUGUUCCAAGAACAAUAAUGAUUGGAGGAAAGGCUGCUCCUGGUUACCACAUGGCUAAGCUGAUCAUCAAACUGAUCACGUCAGUGGGAGAAGUAGUUAAUAAUGACCCAGUAGUGGGAGACAGACUAAAGGUGAUCUUCCUGGAGAACUACAGGGUCUCUCUGGCAGAGAAAGUGAUACCUGCGGCAGAUCUGUCAGAGCAGAUCUCCACAGCAGGCACAGAGGCAUCAGGCACGGGCAACAUGAAGUUCAUGCUGAACGGAGCUCUAACCAUUGGCACCAUGGAUGGAGCCAAUGUUGAAAUGGCAGAGGAGGCUGGCGAGGAAAACCUCUUCAUUUUUGGGAUGAGGGUGGAGGACGUGGAAGCCAUGGAUAAGAAAGGAUACGAUGCUCGAGAAUACUAUGAUCGUCUGCCUGAACUCAAACAGGUGAUGGAUCAGAUCCGCACUGGCUAUUUCAGCCCUAAAGAACCUGAGCUCUUCAAAGACCUGGUCAACAUGCUGAUGAAUCAUGACAGGUUCAAAGUGUUUGCUGACUAUGAGGCCUACAUCAGCUGCCAAGAGAAGGUCAAUGAGCUGUACAAGAACCCAAAAGAGUGGACCAAAAAGGUGAUCCGGAACAUUGCAGGAUCUGGAAAGUUCUCCAGUGACCGCACCAUCACAGAAUACGCCCGUGAAAUCUGGGGGGUGGAGCCAUCUGAUGUGAAGAUUCCUCCACCCAAUGAGCCCAGAGAUUGAAUGCAACAGGGACUUCAUGUGUGAGCCAGUAAAAAGUGGUGACAUUAUCCUUCCCCCUGCCCACUGUUGUGGGUAUGCUUAGUCUAAAAAACAGACCAUAAUAACACAUUUGAUUCAUCCAGUCUGAAACAAGAAACUGUGUGACCAACAAAUGUCCAUCAUUCACUCACACGUUCCAUAGAAAAAUUCAGUUUAGACUCACAGUAGUUUAACCUUUGCUGUGCAUAAAUUUGCACAUUUGCUGAACUCACAUAUUACUUUGUGCCUGUAUUUUGUAGACUACCCUCCAUCAAUACAGUAUGCUUCUGAGCAUUAUUCCUAACCCCACAGGUUGACAGUAAAUAUACAGUCUGUAUCUCUGAUUUUUGUAUUGAUCAGUCAAAAUCCAUGGGGUGUUUCUGAAGAAUGUAGACCUAAGCAACAAGUCCAUUUGUACUGUAUCUUCUGAUCCAUGUUUGAGUGCUACGUUAACAGAGGACCAUUCAGGAACUUGACCUUUGGUGCAGUCUCAUGUUUGUCUACUCAAAAUAAAGCAUAUUCAUAUUAAAGUGACCUUUUAGGAGCUUUCUCACAAAAUGUAAGUUCAAGGGUGUUUUAGAGCGCAAGGACGAUUACAGUAAUUUAAGAUAGAAAAAGAAAGAAGUCACUAGUAUUUUGUUUUGCCAUAAAACUUUCAUUACACUUUACAGAGAUUGACUUUCAUUUGAAACGUAGGCAUAAACCUGUAAUGGGGGUGUUAUAGCAAUACAUUCAUUUCUCCUAGUGUGUGUGUG